UUCACCAUCGGUUGGAUCUCGCCCCUGCCUCUAGAGCAAGAAGCAGCUCGACUCGUCUUUGACAAAGUCUACCCUCGUGAAGAAGUUCAGCACAGAAAUGCAUACUACCUUGGCGGCCGCAUAGGGCAGCAUGAUGUGGUCAUCGGCGUGCAGCGCAAGAUCGGUUUGAACGGUGCUGCCAUCCUUGCGGAAAAGAUGCACAGCGGAUUCCCUAAUAUCAAGUACUUCCUCGUCGUGGGCAUAGCUGGGGGCGUGCCGAACUAUGGCCCGCCUGGCGAUACAAAGCAGAUUGUGCUCGGUGACGUCGUCAUCAGCUCUCCACGGGGCAAUCAUGGGGGCGUGUUACAGUACGACAAAGGAGCAUGGCAGGAUGAGGGCCUGCUUCAAUUUCGCGGAUACACCAACGGCGUUCCUGGCGAUCUGCUCGCAGCUGUCAACAACUACCGAUCUGAGGGCUGGUCACAGACAAAUAUUGCUCAGACGCUGCGACAGAUGCGCCGCCGGCUAGAUGAGGAUCGACGCAGCCAGUACGAUGAUCCGGGCGAGGCACAGGAUCGGCUCUUUCGUAGCGACUACAAGCACCGGGGCGAAUAUGAUAUUGACUGCUUAGAGUGUUGCGACGCCAACCAAGCUCACUCACGCUCGCAACGUGGUGAUCGCGCCCGACGAGCCCGUGAUCAUCCAGAAUUACACUUCGGGAACGUCGCCAGCAGCAACCAGUUGCAGAUCUCCGCCGCCGAGCGAAUGCGGAUCCAACGCCGACACGAUGUCAUAUGCUUCGAGAUGGAAGCCGCUGGCGUGUCCGAAGAGCACCCGUGCGUGGUGGUGCGGGGCAUCUGCGAUUACGCCGACUCGCACAAGAACAAAGGCUGGCAGAACUACGCCGCAGCGGUGGCGGCGGCAUGCGCCAAGCAACUGUUGACUUUCCUGCCACCGGUC